AUGGGCCGUGAAGAGCAGGUCGAGGAGCGCGAGGUGCUUGACUCCAUUUUUCCGGAAGAGAUUACAGAUAUUUCGGACACCGCAUACCGGAUAUCGAUUAAUUUAGAGACGCCCGAAAAUGACGUCCGAGAUGAGGAAGAAACCGAGCAGCCAGUCCUGAUUCUUCAGGUGUCAUACCCACCAGAAUAUCCCGACGUUGCCCCGGACCUUGACAUCUCGGCCCCUCCAAAUGCACCCAAGCACCCUCUGCUAGACAUCCAGGAAGAUCGUGCUCGGCUCCUUGAAGCCUUACAGGCAACUAUCGAGGAAAACUUGGGAAUGGCUAUGGUCUUCACUCUGGUCAGCACUUUGAAAGAAAGUGCCGAACUACUCAUGGCUGAACGGGCGAACGCUGUCCAGGCGCUGAAGGAGAUGGAAGCUGCGAAGGCAGAAGAGGAGGAGAAUCGGAAAUUCCAGGGCACGGCGGUGACUCCUGAAACAUUUUUAGAGUGGCGAGAGAGGUUCAGAAAAGAAAUGGACGAGAAGGAGCAGAAGGAGCGUGAGGAGAAAGAGGCGGACGAAAAGAGGCCAAAGAAGACACCGGUCAAAGAAGAGAAGCUUACUGGCAAGCAAUUAUGGGAGAGGGGUUUGGCAGGGAAAGCAGACUAUGAUGAGGACGAUGAGGAUGCUAUUCCAACCGCUGUUGAGAAGAUGAAAAUAACCGCAUAA